AUAUUAAAAUUUUAAUAUUAAAAUUAUAAAUAAUAAUAAUAUUAAAAUUAUAAAUAAUGAUAAUAUUAAAAUUAUAAAUAAUGAUAAUAAAAAAUUUUGUUACUUAAUUUGCUUACAAUAAAAAUCUUUUUAUUAUAAUUAAAAUUAUAUAAUAAUUAAUUAUAAAAUAUUUAAAAGUAUUUUUUUUCCCUUAUUUUCUUAAUUUUAACCUUAAUAUUUGUUACGUCAUAAAUAAUAUUCAUUAUAUUAUUAUAACAUAAUAAUAAUAUAACAUAACUAUAUUUUUAUUAUAAUGUAAUAUUUACAAUUAAUUCAUUAUUUAGUUAUAAUUAAUAUAAUAUUUAAUUAUAUUUUCAAUGUAAUAUUUUAUUUUUAUAUUUAAAUAUUGACAGUUAAAUUAUAUUUUACAUACCAUUAAUGUAUUUACAUUUAUAACAAAUUCCGUCAAUGAAAUUUCGAUUGAUUAUGAUCACGAUUUCGUAUGAUUACGUAAUUAUUUCAUCAAUACAAUUAUCAUUUUAUAUUACAUACAUAUUAAAAAAAUAAGAAUAUCAACAUACAAUUUGAUAACCUAUAUUAAUAUACCAAAUUUGUUUGUGUGUUUGUCGUGUGAUUUUUAUAUUUAUAUUAAUAUUUCUUAUUUUAUACUUAAUAUAAUUGUAUAAAAUAAAUAUUCAAGAAUCAAAAUGAUAAAAAAUAGUGCAUUAAAAUUAAAUUGUGUGGGUGGUAAUUCAAUUAAUACUCUAAGGUAUUUAUCAACACAAACUUCAGGUGGAGGCAAGGAAACACAACAAACAAAUAUAGAAAAUGAUGUAUUAUUUAAAGAAGUUGGAAAUAAAGGUAUUAUCAUAUUGAAUCGUCCAAAAGCAUUAAAUGCUUUAAAUUUAUCAAUGGUUGAAAAAAUAUAUCCAGUACUUAAAAAAUGGGAAUCAUCUAAAAAAUUAGUGAUAAUUGAAGGUGCAGGAGAUAAAGCAUUUUGUGCAGGUGGUGAUAUAAAAUCUGUUGCUAUUGAAAUAAAAAAUAAUGAUAAUAAAGUCUUUGCUGAAACAUUUUUGAAAAAAGAAUAUACCUUAAAUCACCUCAUUGGUACAUAUAAAAUACCAUAUAUAGCAACAAUAAAUGGAAUAACUAUGGGAGGUGGUGUUGGAAUAUCUGUUCAUGGUAAAUAUCGAAUUGCUACAGAAAAAACAUUAUUUGCAAUGCCAGAAACAGCAAUUGGAUUAAUUCCUGAUGUUGGUGGAAGUUAUUUUUUACCUAGAUUAAAAGGUAAAUUAGGACUUUAUCUUGGAUUGACUGGAGAUCGAUUACAAGGUAUUGAUGUAUUACUUGCUGGUAUUGCAACACAUUUUGUUCCUUCCGAAAAACUACCAAAUUUAAAAGAAGAUUUAUUGAUGACUGACAAAUCUGAUAUUAAAGAAAUCUUAAAUAAAUAUCAAUCUAAAACAUUAAAUCAAGAAUUUUGUUUAGCACCAUAUAUGAGUAAAAUAGAUAAAUAUUUUUCUGCAUCAUGUAUAGAAGAAAUUAUAGAGAGAUUAAAAGAGGAUAAUUCAGAAUGGGCCAAAAAGACAUUGCAAAUGUUAUUAAAAGCAUCUCCUACUGCUCUAAAGUUUACAAUGUGUGCUAUUCAAAAAGGAAGCACGUUGAAUUUGGCAGAUUGUUUAAAGAUGGAGUUUAGAUUAAUGUGUAGUUUUUUUAAUAAAACUAGUGAUUUUUGCGAAGGUGUCAGAGCUGUUUUAAUCGAUAAAGAUAAAAAACCAAAGUGGAAGAAAAACUUAAUAGAAGUAACAGAUAAUUAUGUAAAUCAACAAUUUAAUCUUUUAACAAAUGAAUUACACAGUAUUAAAUUAGAUUAGAAUGUCAGGGAAAUAGCAUAAAAAGUACAAAUUGUAUGAAAUAGAAAAUAACAUGCUUUAUUUGAAAAAUAAUGAACAAAAUAUUAAUAAGUAUUUACAAUUACUAUGUUAAUACAUUAAAAAAAAAUAUUAUUUUUAAGUUUUUUAUUUUUUGUUAUUCUAUUUUUAAAUCAAGUUUACACAAACAACUAUAUAAUAUAAUACGGACGAUUUAUGAUAUUUUACAAGACAUUUAUUAAUAUUUUAAAAACUUACUACCAAAAUGUAACUACAAAUAUAUUGAUAGUUUUAUAAUAAAAUGUAUUCGUUUUUAUCUUUUUACAAGUUAUACUUGUAUUUUAUUUAAAGAAUAAAAAUUUAAAAAAAAAAGAAAAUGAAAAUAUAUUAAGCAAAUAAUAUGUAUGAAAUUCAUUGAUAUUUUUACUUUUAAUUUAAAAAAUACCAAAUAAAAUGUAUUUAUUAUUCUUUUAAUAAAAGAUAUCAAAAUACAUUUA